AUGGCUACUCUUCGAAUUUUUCCAUUUAUUGGUGCACUUAUUGCUAUAAUUGCUGUUGUAUUAACAGUUAUAGGUAUUACAACUAAUUAUUGGUGGUCAACUGAUCUAAAUACUUACGCUGGUCUUUGGAAACGUUGUAUAGCAGGUAUUUGUAUACGAACAAAUGGUGGAAGACCAGCAGCUUUAGCUAUUGUGGCUAUGAUUGCCAUUGGUGUUGCAGCUAUUUUGACUAUAUUCAGUGGUUUAUCAAGAAAUAAAUCAGAUGCAAACAAUAAUUUAGCACGUAUUUCUGGUAUUCUAUCAGUUAUAUUACUUUUUUCAAGUGGUAUUCUCAUUGCUAUAUCACUUUAUAUAUAUAUUGGUGCAAAAUAUACUACAGGAUAUUCAUUUACUCUUAUGGCUAUUGCACAAUUUUUAAGUUUUCUUGCUGCUAUGCUUGUUGCUCAUUGGAUGGGACAUUCUUUCACUGUAAUUACUUAA